GAAACUAAAAAGAAGGGGUCGAGAGUCAAAAGAGACAACGCGCAGAGAGAAGAGUCUUUUAUCUUUCCAUAUAUUUAUCUCCCUCUCCUUUAUUUCUUUCUCAUCCAUUAUCAUCGGGGUGAAUCUAGGGUUUUGUUUUCUCUCACAACCCCCUAGAUACAUUCCUUUCAUCGUGUUCCUCCUUUAUUAUCUCUCUCUUUCAUCUCCUUUAGCUCAUCAUCACGACUUCAAUGGAGGGAGCGGGAGACAAGACGACGUCGUCUGAAGGGCAUUUGACAUCAGCAGCAGCUUUUGUUCAAGGGGGAAUCCAAGACCCUUGUGAUGAUGCCUGUAGCAUUUGCCUUGAAGUCUUCUGCGAUUCUGAUCCUUCAACUUUGACUAGUUGCAAGCAUGAGUAUCAUCUUCAAUGCAUCCUUGAGUGGUGUCAAAGGAGUUCACAGUGCCCAAUGUGUUGGCAAUCAAUUAGUCUCAAAGAUCCCACUAGUCAGGAGUUGCUUGAGGCUGUUGUACAGGAGAGGAGUUUCCGCAUCAAUCCACCUAGAAAUGCUACCAUAUUUCGUCAUCCAACUCUUGGUGACUUUGAAUUACAACAUCUCCCAGUAGGGGUGGAUAAUGCAGAGAUUGAAGAACGUAUCAUUCAGCACUUGGCUGCUGCUGCUGCUAUGGGCCGAGCAAGACAUGGUGCAAGAAGAGAAGGUCACAGAAGCAGGUCAUCAACUCAAGGUCAUCCACAGCUCAGGGUGUUCUCUCCGCAUUCCAAUGCUUCUCCACCUCAUCCUCCAAUGCCUUCCUCUCCAUCCCAGAGAGAUGAGAGUGACACUGUCACAAACCUUCCUCUCUCUCAUCAAAAUACUUUAGGAGAGGGUUCUCUUCAUUCAAACAUGCAGCCACAGGUUUCUCCUUCAAACAACAGGUCUCCUAAUCAGCCUACCUCUAGUGAUCAAGAUAGAGCUGGACCAUCAGAGCUCCAAUCAUUUUCAGAGUCUCUUAAGUCUCGACUAAAUGCUGUCUCAAUGAGAUACAAAGAAUCAAUAUCAAAGAACACGAGGAGCUGGAAAGAUAGAUUCUUUUCACGCAGCACUUCCAUUGCAGAACUUGGCUCUGAGGUUAAAAGAGAGGUCAGUGCCGGAAUAGCCACCGUGUCCCGCAUGAUGGAACGUUUAGAAACGAGAGAAGACAGUACUAGACCAGGGACUGAACCUGUAUCAUCAAAUGGCUUAGAUAACAACACUCCUGCUGAACCUAACAAUGAGCAUAGUAGAAGAUCAGAAGCGAGUGAUGAACAUUCUUUGAAUGAAAGAGGUGUUAAAGGAACAUGCGCGGCUGCAUCUGGUUCUAGCUAAUAAAACUAGUGCCAGCAUAUUGUUGGCAAAGGUAUAAUACUGCUUCAGCUUUGGCUUAUCAAGCGGUUGUUCCUCAGCAACAUCUAAGAUCUUGUAUUGUUGUUUCUUUUUCUUUCUUGUCAGAGACGAGAAGAUGUUUUUAUUGUCAAACUAUGCUAUAUAUAAUAUACCGAGUCUGAAGUUCA